AUGCAUGGAUUCUCCACUGUAGAUGGAUUUGUGGAGAUAACUGAAUGCAUGGCGGAGAUGAUCAAGUACGUGGCGAAUGAACCCUCGGUAGGGCUUUUCUACGUUCAGCAGCAUGUGCAAAAUGCAGCUCCAAACGUCAUUAACAUCAGGAAAAGUGUGGUGGAGAGGUCUCGUGAGACAAGCUUGAACACUGAAGACUUGGAGGAUUCAAUCACAAUGGUAAGGUCAAUGAAAGAAUGUGGUCUGCCCAUUGCAAACGAGAUGAUCAAAGACAUCCGGAAAUCUCUCGUGAUAAUGUCCGAGAAACAAGAGAAGAGAGGAUCGGUUCUGAGGUCAUCAUCCUCUGGCUUUCUGAUGAGACGAUCCAGCUCGACAGAAACACCGCCUGGUUGGAGUGAUGCUGAUGAAGCUGUUACCGUAAAAGAUGUCAAGAAGUCAGGCUAUUAUUUCUCGACCAUGUUUAAGACGGCAAAGGAGAAGGCCAGCGGUUUCAAGUGGCCUCAAAUUGAUCUGAAGGAAACCAUACCAAGUUUCAGUUAUCCAUCACAGCUUGUAGCAUCUUCCAGUGGGAGUUCUUCUGUGGUUGUUGCAGAAGCUGAGGAGUUGCCAUUGUCAAGUGAGGCAGCUGAUGAUGCGGCAGAAGAGCACCAAACAGACGCAAAAGAUGAGCCGGAGGGCACGAGCCCCCCACAUUCAAAUGCCAUUUCAGUACCAGAAGAUUAUGAUGUCUUUAAGGCAGACAAACAAGCCAAACUAGAAGAAUGGCUGGUAGAAAGUGGCGGUAAGCGAGAUAGAUUGCCCCCCAGCAAGUGA